AUGUAAUAGUAAUUCGAUUAAAACAUACGAAGAUUGGGGGACUAUCAAUUCGAUUCCAAGUAUCUGUUGGGAGAGGGGGCAUUUGGCAAGGUUUACAGGGGAAGUAAAAUAAGCACGAAUAUGGAAGUGGCCAUUAAGAAAAUUGAUAGUUCAAUGAUCAAUAAGGAUUAGUAUCUAAUUGAUGCUCUAAAUAGCGAAGUCCAAAUCAUGAAGUAAUUGGAUCAUCCGAACAUUGUCAAGUUUAUUGAUAAAUUUACAACUGAUCGCUCCAUCUACAUAGUCACAGAGUAUUGCGCAGAUGGCGAUUUAAGAAAUAUAAUGAAGGGCAGAAGAAUACCCGAGACAGAAGUUAAUUAGAUCUUCUGUCAAUUAGCAAGUGGAUUCAAAGAAUUGGUGAGAGCAAACAUAAUCCAUCGUGAUCUCAAACCAGCCAAUAUUAUGAAUCAUAGAGGCAUUGUUAAGAUAGCCGAUUUUGGAUUCUCUAAGAUCGUUGAUAAUUUUAAUGGAGAUUUGUUAAGGACUUGUGUAGGUUCACCAUUAUACAUGGCACCUCAGAUAUUGAAAAAGGAGAAAUACACCACCAAGUCAGAUAUUUGGUCAUUGGGUAUUAUUUAUUAUGAGAUGAUUUAUGGUAACUCUCCAUGGACAGGCAUGGAUGAAAAGAGUUUAACUCAAAAUAUCAUGAAAUAACCAUUGAGAUUUCCAUCUCAUGUGUAAUUGACAGAAUUCGGAAAAAAUUUCAUUUCUAAAGCUCUGGAGAAAGAGGAAUCCAAAAGAAUGGAAUGGAAUGAACUAUUUAUGAUGUUUGAAUAAUAGAAGAGAUCAUUGCCAUAAGCCAAGAUCCAAUUUGAAAAGAAUAAGCCUAAUAUCCUUGAUUCUCCCCAAUCUCUUCAAAUAAACGAGGCUCCUAAUUCGUAAUUAUUAUCCCAAUUAAAUAUACUGAAUUUAUAAAGAAUGCAUUUGAACUUUUCACAUUUUGUGAAUGUUGAAAUCACCCAACACAUCUCAAUCAUUACUCAACAUUAUAAAAAAGAAUUAUAUUUUGAACUGUUAUGUCUUCUUUCAGCCAAAUUCACUGCCAAUUCAUUCAAACUAUUACAAACAAAAGUUAUAUCCUUAUUGGAAUCCUAAAAGAAAUCAAAUGAGUAUUCAAAAUUCAUCAGCCAAAUCUAAAACGAAUACCAAUUAGCAUCUGAACUUUGUACCAAUACUUUGUAAUACUUUGAUCGAAUUGGUUUGUUGUCUAGUCUAAGACAAUUGGCUGAUUUUUAAACCUUUAUUGAUAUCCCAGAAUUAAAUUAAAAUCAACUCAUUUCAGUAGAGAAGAUCAUUAAGGAAAGAGUCUAAAGUGUUUCUAAAUUAAUCUUAUAGGCUUGCAAAGACAACGAAGUGUUGAUCCUUCUGGAUUACUUGAUGGAGAUGUGUCUUAAUAGAAGCAAAAUUAUGAAUGGAAAUAAUAAUGUGGACUUUUCAUUUAUUCAAGAGAGAAAAAUACAACCAGAUUACAAUUCAUACUUAAAUUAUAAAUUGAGUGAGAUGUAGGGUUAUUGA